AUGUCACACUUAAGCGGUGAGUUCUGUUCUCCAAUGCAUUCCUGCUCAGGCUGCUGAAGGGCUGCCACCUUCCAGAUCGGUACAGCAUCACGAAAAGCAAAGGCACCUCAAACCUUUCAGAUCACCUCCUCUCGGAACGGAACAAAGAUGGCUGCUGAAGCACCAGAAGACAACUGCAUCAAUUUUGUGAAAAUGAAAUUUAUUAACAAUACUCUUUAUUUUGAAACUGAAAAUGAUGAAAACCUGGAAUCAGAUUACUUCAGCAAGCUUGAAUCUAGAGUCUCAGUCAUACGAAAUCUGAACAACCAUGUUCUCUUCUUUGGCAACGGAUGUGAAGCUGUGUUUGAAGACAUGCCUGAUUCUGACCUUCCAGAAAAUAAAGCCCAGAUCACGUUUAUAUUGUGUUUAUAUAAAGACAGCUUCACUAGAGGUAUGGCAACAACCAUCUCUGUGAGGUGUAAGAAAAUGUUUACUCUCUCCUGUGAGAACAAAGCAGCUACCUUUAAGGAAAUGAGUCCUCCUCAAGAUAUUCCUGAUGAAAAAAGUGACAUGAUAUUCUUUCAGAGGAGUGUUCCAGGACAUCAUGAUAAGAUACAAUUUGAGUCUUCAUUGUACGAAGGAUACUUUCUAGCUUGUCAACAAGAAAAUGAUUGUUUCAAACUCAUUUUGAAAAAAAAUGGUGCCCAUGUAGAUAAAUCUGUAAUGUUCAGUGUUCAAGUCCAAAAGUAAAACUGCAUUGGGCCUCCCUGGUGGUGCAAGGGGUUAAGAUGCAACCUAUGAAGCUAUCGACAGCCACUGGAGCACCAGUUUGAUCCCCGGCCAGGGAGCUACCCACACGGUGCAAGCAGACCUCUCCUGACUCGCCAGUUAAUCUUCCUGUUCUGUUCCCCACUCUGUCUCUAGUGAAUCCUCUUACACACGCCCCCCUCCCCCCCACACACACCGCUGGCCUGUACCCUAGUUCUUAUAUGCAUAAAUAAAUAAACCUUAGGGGGAAAAAAAUAAACAAAGAGUAAAACUGCAUUAACUUCCUAAGUUACUAUUUUUCACAAGGCCUAAGUGUUUGAGU